GUGUGCACGGUGGUGCUAUGGCCGCCGGCGCUGUGCUUCAGACUUGGGCUUCCUGACGCCGUCCGCGGGCGGAGUCGCGCCGGCCGGAGUCGACGGCAUGUAUCCGCCGCCGCCGCCGGCGCCCCACCAGGACUUCAUCUCGGUGACGCUGAGCCUGGGCGAGAGCUACGACAACAACAAGAGCCGGCGGCGGCGCUCCUGCUGGAGGAAAUGGAAGCAGCUGUCGAGGUUACAGCGGAACGUGAUUCUUUUCCUCUUGGCCUUUCUGAUUCUUUGUGGGUUCCUGUCCUACGUACACAUGGCUGACCAGUGGAAAGCCCUGAGUAGCAGACCUGAAGAAGAGCAGAAGAUGAGACCAGAAAUCCCUGGGUUGAAACCAGCAAACCCACCCGUCUUACCAGCUCCACAGAAAGCAGACACCAAUCCAGAAGACAUUCCACAGAUGUUGCCUCAGAAGCCUCGAAAGCAUUUCCGGCGGGGACCUCCCCACCUGCAGAUCAGAGCCCCCAACACAGUGUCCAGAGAUGGCACACAGAACAUGGCUAAGGAGCAGGAGGUGGCCCCCAGGGACGCUCACCAGGAAGAAAACACGCAGCACACAGUCAUCAGCUGGCGGGGCGCAGUGAUUGAGCCUGAGCAGAACACUGAACUCCCUUCCAGAAGAGCAGAAGCCUCUGCCAAGCCUUACUUGGUGGCAGCCAGGAUGCAGAAAGAACCAUGUGAGUCUUCCCACCCGGCCUGCAUGUCUUACCGGGGCCUGGGUUUGAGUCUGGAGGUUAGUGUGCUCUGCAUGCCAGCAGUGGCUUGUUCCCUUAACCUUCACUCUCUUAAUGUCACAGAAUUUGAAGAAGCCCGGAAGUGGGUAUCACAGAAGUUGAACUUUAAGAAGAAUGUGGAUGUCAACCUGUUUGAGAGCACCAUCCGAAUCCUAGGAGGCCUGCUGAGUGCCUACCACCUGUCAGGAGACAGCCUGUUCCUUAGGAAAGCUGAAGAUUUUGGAAAUCGGCUCAUGCCUGCCUUCGCCACACCAUCCAAGAUCCCGUACUCUGAUGUGAACAUUGGCACUGGAGUUGCCCAUCCGCCCCAGUGGACCUCAGAUAGCACAGUGGCUGAGGUGACCAGCAUCCAGCUAGAAUUCCGAGAGCUCUCUCGCCUCACAGGAACCAAGAAAUUCCAGGAGGCAGCAGAGGAGGUGACGAGGCACAUCCACUCCCUGUCCGGAAAGAAGGAUGGGCUGGUGCCCAUGUUCAUCAACACACACAGUGGCCUCUUCACUCACCCAGGCGUGUUCACCUUGGGCGCCAGGGCCGACAGCUACUAUGAAUACCUGCUGAAGCAGUGGAUCCAGGGCGGGAAGAAGGAGACACAGUUAUUGGAAGACUACCUUAAAGCCAUUGAGGGAAUAAAGACACACCUGCUUCGGCAUUCCCAGCCCAGGAAACUCACCUUUGUGGGGGAGCUUGCCCACGGCCGCUUCAGUGCCAAGAUGGACCACCUGGUGUGCUUCCUGCCAGGGACGCUGGCUCUGGGCGUCCACCAUGGCCUCCCGGGCAACCACAUGGAACUAGCCCAAGCACUUAUGGAGACCUGCUACCAGAUGAACCGUCAGAUGGAGACCGGGCUCAGCCCUGAGAUCGCACACUUCAACCUGUACCCCCGGGCGGACCGGCAGGAUGUGGAGGUCAAGCCGGCCGACAGGCACAACCUUCUGCGACCAGAGACUGUGGAGAGCCUCUUCUACCUGUACCGGAUCACAGGGGACCGCAAGUACCAAGACUGGGGCUGGGACAUCUUGCAGAGCUUCAACAAGUAUACUCGGGUCCCCUCGGGUGGCUAUUCCUCUAUCAACAAUGUCCAGGACUCCCACAGACCUGAGCCCAGGGACAAGAUGGAGAGCUUCUUCCUAGGGGAAACACUGAAGUACCUCUACCUGCUGUUUUCUGAUGACCCAGACCUGCUCAGCUUGGACUCCUAUGUGUUCAACACCGAGGCCCAUCCCCUGCCCAUCUGGGCUCCCACCUAGGGGACAGCUCCUGGCCUAGGAACUGCUGGGAGGUAGAGGUGGCCCAGUUGGGUCUGGGAUAUUCAAAGGCCUGUGUGAAAUCGGGCAGCCACUGAGCACCAGUGCUCUUUGCCGCCCCGGCUUCUCGUCUCUGCUGCUCACAGGACACUGUGUAGAACAGAACCAGAUCAGCAGGUGUGUGGCUCAGGGAGAGUUAGUUUACCAGAAGAUCUUGACCUUCCUUCAAAAUUUGGAUUACAAUUCCCUACUCAUAAUGUUGAUCCAACCUGUCUGCCAGCUGCAAGGAGGCCCUGGUGGUUCCCAGGGCCGCAGCCCACCCCUUGGGCUGCUUAGAACCCAGAGCCUGUGUUGUGUUCAGAGAAGAGCCAAGGGGAUGGCCCACCAGCCGCUCUGCUCCAGCUAACAGCACUUACGAGUUCCAAGGAUUGGCAUGGGCCUCUGAGACCCCCGUGGAGCCCUGAGGCUUUGAACCUGGCUCUGGUGUUUACAUGUUGGACUCAGGGAUCCUCCUGACACCCCAUGGUGUCUCACAGGAGGGGGGACAGCAAUUUGACUUUGCACCCUGGUAGAAUGGGACUUUUCAGCUGGGAUAAAAUUUGACUUGCCCCCCUGUGAUGGCUGCUCUAUGUGUAAGGGGUCUCAGAAACAACUUCAGAGGUCGGCAUGCUCUUCCAGGUUACAGCCCAUUAUCUGUUCCGUGAGGUCAGCAGUGCUUUUCUGGGUCACACUGUUAUCUGUCCCCUGAAGUCAGACCUGCUGGUGUCUGCUGCAGGUGGGAAGAACAGAAUGAGAAGUUCUGCAAGUGAGGGCCACACUGUCCGGGGAUGGUGCCGGGCAUGGCCCAGAGCUAGCCGCCUGCCCUGUGUCUAGUGUGGUGCCCUUGUCAUACAGCCCACUAGCUGGGACCCCCUCCUAGAUCGGAUAGAUGCCUUGGGAUAGCCUAGCUCCACCCUUCUGUGUUGAGCAUGAAGAGCACUUGCGUCAUUCCUGCAAGAUCCUUCUUCCCCAGGAAAGCUAGAGCCUGGGCAGCACAGGGUGAGGACACAUGGACCAACUGACUGUGUCCACCAGCUCCUGCAGGGCCCAUUCACUACCUGUGUGCAGCCCAGAGCAGUCCUCUUCCUUCACCUACCUGAAGCACAGGUGUUCUGGAAGGACCAGUCAUGAGCUGUCCCUGGGCCUUGUGGCUCUCAUGGCUGCUAGGAGACCCUGGCGCCCUCCCCGUGUGGAGGGAGUGGCCAGGCCUCCUAGCCGCAGCCUGCCCCAUGUUGCCCAGCAGUGGACAGUGACUGACUUCUCUCUGGAGUUGGCCUGCAGACAGGCUCUAAGGAGCUGACAGAAAGCACACAUUCUUCAUCUCUUGCCUUGGCCUCCUAACCAGAGGUGCUCUGUAGGGGACCCGGUGUGGGGCAGAGGCUGGCACUGGCUGUGCUGGAGCCAGGAUGGGACCUGUCCUGGGAGCAGGAGACCGGCCCCUGGGAAAGAGCACCCUGCACGUCACACUUGAGUUGAGGAAUCUGCUUUAUUAAAUGUUGGAUCGGUGGGCCAAGCA